CUCGUUUCCGCCUUAUUGUCUCCUUGAUUCAUUCUUUUCGUGACACACACCCUUGCUAUUCAACUAAUUAUGCGUUCCUUUCUCUCGACAUCAACUCCGAUCCUUCAAGCCACAAUCAACCUGCUGAGCGAUAAUGUCCGAUUCGUCCGAAUCAGGAUCUCCAGGAAUCAUCCACGAAUUUCCGCGAAUUCGACAUGAACAGGAUCAGAAUGGAAACGCAACUUACCCGCCGACCAUCUACAUCCCUCCAGCAUACCUGCCUGGGGGACGUAGGUCGCUUUCUGGGGUCUCAAUUCGAGCAUUUGGGCUCGGCAUCGUGCUGGGCUUCUGUGUACUGUUGUCCGCGCAAUUGGUCUACUGGGGCUGCAGUUUGUGGAGGGCGCCUUGUUUUGUGGCCAUCCUAGCACUUUUUCAUUAUCUUGAGUUCGACCUGACGGCACGAUAUAACCCGCCCGAUGCAUCUAUCUCAUCAUUCCUUCUGCUAUCCAAUGGCGUCGGAUACGCAGCGGCGCAUACAGCCGCAAUGCUGGAAUUGCUAGUCCGGCAUUGGCUCUACUCAGAACACAAGCCGCAGUGGAUGAGAAUGCCAUUCCAGAUUCCAGCACUCUUCCCAGCUAUGCCAGCUUCUCUGGCCGUGGGAACAGGGCUGGCUCUUGUGGUGAUCGGCCAGCUCGUAAGAAGCACAGCCAUGAAACAAGCCCAGACCAAUUUCAACCACAUAGUGCAAUGGACGAAGCGGGCUGAUCAUGUCCUGGUAACUGAUGGAGUCUAUUCGUUCUCACGGCAUCCCUCGUAUUUUGGAUUCUUCUGGUGGGGGUUGGGCACGCAAGUUUUACUCGGAAACCCGAUCUGUUUUGUGGCAUAUGCGGUGGCGUUAUGGAACUUUUUCAAUCAUCGCAUCACGCACGAAGAAAGACAUCUUGUCUCUUUCUUUGGGCAAGAUUACGUCGAUUACCGCAAGCGUGUUCCAGUCCGAAUCCCGUUCAUUCGAUGAGCGUGUUCAUGUAUCAUUAGCGUCGUCCCUCUCCUUCUCCAUCUUCCUCCUUUUCAGCGAUGGAGUUUUAGACCUGGGUUUGCGGGUUGUCUCAAUUGUUUUGAUACUGGCUGGAAAGUAUGCAGAGCUGCAUGCUUGCUCCAACCAAGGCACUCCUACCGGGUCAAGAUUCUCAGUUACAAAUCGCAGCAGAGCGUCUGAUCCAGGAGCAUCCUCUCGUAACCCCAACACUCCAACACGAGGCUGGUUCAAUGCCUGUGCUAAUUUUGCUUCCGACUGCGGGGAGAUGUCGACCAACCUUGCACGCGUGGCUUUUGGAGCUGAGGUUGCGAGGAGCAUUGGUAGUGAGGAGGUCAUUAUAUCGGGGAGAGACUUUCGACACACAAACACAGCACAGAGUUUGGUGGCAGGGUCCCAGAGACGCUCGGUGUCUGAGUUGUCAAGUAUGUUGGGUGGUUGGCGUCUACGAGCCAGAGCUUCUAGUGUCCGUCCUGUACUGUUGUAUCCUAUGGUGAGGUGGUCAUAAAUUGCCGGCAUCCAUUCUGUCAUUGACUCCUCCUGUACUUUUGUCUUACUUUUCCCUGCCCUGCCUUUGCC